CUGUCUUCCCGCGCAGUUAAAUCAACUUAAGAGGAAAAUGGACGAGCUUUAUUUGGAUAAUAUUGACGAAUUCGUCAAUGACCACAACAAGAUUGUAACCUACAAGUGGUUGAGUCUUACUCUUGGAGUCCAUGUCAACACAGCAAAACAAAUGCUCUUCCAGUAUUUGGAUCACAAGAGGAAGGAAAGCUCACCUCAGCUCCAUGCCACCUAUCUUGUGUCAGGAAAGGUUGUGGACAACGGUCAAGCAUGUCACAAGGUUUCAGUUGUCAGAGAAGACAAGCUUGAAGAUUUUAAAGCAAAGAUGAGCUUGGUAGUCAGCGUCCAUGUCUACAGUGUCCAGAAGGCUUUGCUGAAAGACAGCGGCCCCCUCUACAGUGUCGACUAUGACGCUGUGAAAGAAAAUCUGAAAACCUGCAGCAAGUACAGCGCGAUCAGGUGUGCAAGCGCUGUGCCCAUGUCCUCUGUAGAGCUCCAGCAGGUGCGGGAACUGCAGCAAGCUCCAGUACCAGAGCCUGAAAAGAAAACACCUUCUACGAAUGGAAAUACCAGUGUGGCUCAAAAAUCAUCUGUCAAGCAACAAAAAGGAAUAAUGGGAAUGUUUUCAAGCAAAUCUACGAUAAAACCUGAACAGAAAGAAGCUCCACCAGUGGUCGAUGUCCCUAAAAGCAAACCAGUGGCAAAAUCUAAUUCAAUGAUGAACUUCUUUGGGACUCAAACAAAAAAACCUGACAAACCUGUGAAGGAGGAGGAAGCAGCUCCGUCAUCUUCUCCAGCUGAGCAGCAACAACGCAGUCCACGACCACAGGAGAAGGAGGACAAGAAGGAGAAGCAGGAGGAGAAGAAGGAGAAGGAGAAGGAGGAAGCUGCAGCUGCACAGCCCCAAAAAGACAGAAAGAAAGACUCCAGGAGCAAAACUAAGAGAAUUGAGGACUCUGACGGUGAAGAGGAUAAAAUGGAGAAGAAAAAGAGGCGAAGGAUCAAGAGACCAGAACCAGACAGCAGUGAUGAAGAUAUUAUUCCAGAUUCUCCGCAGCAGAUGGAAACACAGGAGCCAAGUCCUAAGAAGGUCGAGGUUGCUGUUCCACAUUCACAUGAGAAGUCUGAAACCAAGAUGAGGAAGAGGAGGCGAGUCCUGAAGACUCGCACUUUUGCCGAUGACGAAGGAUGCAUGGUUACGGAAAAAGUCUAUGAGAGUGAAUCUUAUUCUGAGACAGAAGACGAUUUUCAAGCGGCCAAACCAGCUCCAAAAGCAAAACUGCCCUCGAGUAGCAAAGACGAGGGGAAGAAAAGCCAGAAGAAGCCUUCAAUGAAUUCCAAUAAAGGCACUAAACAAGCUUCUAUUAUGGGAUUUUUCCAAAAGAAAUGAACUUUUUUGUUUUCUACCACUCCAUCAGCUCUGAUAAAUGACGAGCAUCGCAGCAAAUGUCUUGUGACCUUGUGACCAAAUUAAGUCUGCUCCCACUCCACAUACGGACAGUUUUAAUUAAACCAGAACAUUCAAAGACUUAAACGCGUGGAUGUGUUGAGAUCUGUUUUAUUUGUUUUCCAUGUUCAGUUGUAAAUAGUUGUAUUCAAUAAACAUUGUGAUGUGACUCUGGACAUGUUUUUGUGGGAGGAUU